AUGGAUCUCCACUUACAUUUAUCAGCUGCAUUUCGUGAGUUAGACCGCAAAUGGGGUCAAACAGUUGAUUUAGAUACGUCAACGGAUUAUUCAACAUGCCUACCUGCUGUACUAGAUCUACCUAGCACAACGUUUUCAUCAGAGGAAUUUCUCAAGACGAUACGAAGAAGAGAUUGCAAGAUUAAGAAAUACGACUCCUUUAGCGACAUAUCUAUGUCAAGAAUGCCUUCAACCAGUGAUUUGGGAUCUUCGGAAUUUGAUACAUCAAGCUUGAGCAAUCAUGUUGUUUUUAGUUCUACAGAAACUUUAGACUCCUCCAAAUACGUCUUUGAAAAUAAGAAGAACUCGUUCGUUAAGAGACAGGCGCGUUCCAAGAAAUUCAUAUCAAAGUUAAAAGCUUAUUUAUUGAAGUUUUAA